UUAUUAAAGACGACAUCCUCAAAUCUCUCUUUGUGUAUAUCAACAAAAUGACUUUCCCAGGCAACAUCACGCUCAUCUACAUCGACAGGACCGACCUCUUCGGCCCGUUGGAGAAAAGAGCUCUUGCUAUCCCACGGGGCAUCAGCUACGAAAACUUCCGCGCCAGGCUUGAAGGGGCAGUUGAGGUGAAGCAACCGCCGGAGCGCAUCCUCGUCGCCCUAAGCCGGCUGUACACCACGUCGCAAGCUGGCACCCCUGGAAGCCCAGGACGGCGGUGCGAUGAGCACCAUGCGCGGCUGUACAAGCUGGCUGUGCCUGGGGCGGAGCCCCGUUGCCGCGAGGGCAAUCAACCCCACGGCGUGUUUGAUGAGAUGGUGCGACAUCUCGAAAAGGGGACGGAUGUCAACUUGCAGCUACAGCGGCCCUGGCACCUUGACUCGGGGUGUAUGGCCGACGAUAACACGGACGAUUUUGACAUUGAAGACCACCAGGUGCUUCCGCGGCUCCCCAGAAAUAGGGGCAUUACCGACGUCACUUCGACUCCUGCGCCAUAUGAACAGCUGUCAGACGACGGCUGCUCGGCUCCCUACAUCAAUGCCCAGAGAAAGCAAACGGCAUAG